CCGCUUAAGGCCUAUCCUCACUGUCCUUCGAAGCCAGAGAAGAGAGAAGAAAAGGUCUCCAAUGGCGAUCUCUCUCUCCUCUCUUACCUCCUCCUUCUCCUCUCUCUCCUUCUCCUCCCAAAUCUCCUCAAAGCCACAAACUCUUUACCUCCCUCGGAUUUGGCCUCCCCCCAAGGCCGCGCCCCUCCGGAGGAAUCCUUCCUCCGCGAUCGUCGCCUCGUCCUCCUCUUCCACUGCAGUCGCUGCUGUGGCCGGCGGCGUGUUCGCCCCCACGACGGCGGACCUGGAGGGGAUUAGCUUGGAGAAGUAUGUGAAAUCGAGGCUUCCAGGCGGGUUCGCUGCCCAGAAGAUCAUCGGGACCGGCCGGAGGAAAUGCGCUAUAGCUCGCGUUGUACUCCAAGAAGGGACCGGAAAGUUCAUCAUCAACUACCGGGACGCCAAGGAAUAUCUCCAAGGAAAUCCUUUAUGGCUGCAAUAUAUCAGAACUCCCUUAGUGACUUUAGGGUAUGAGAGCAACUAUGAUGUUUUUGUUAAAGCUCAUGGAGGUGGGCUCUCAGGUCAGGCACAGGCAAUUUCUCUUGGUAUCGCACGUGCUUUGCUUAAGGUCAGCGAGAACCAUAGGGCUCCUUUGAGGAAAGAAGGUCUUCUGACUAGAGAUUCUCGAGUUGUAGAAAGAAAGAAAGUUGGUCUCAAGAAGGCACGCAAAGCCCCUCAAUACUCAAAGCGUUAAAGGUUCUGUAAGGAACUCUUGCAAGCUGAGUUUGUUUACUUGAGACAAGCAAGACCCCUCUUCAGGCUGACUGUUUGCUGGAGGAUUGGAUGCAUCGGGUUUUUUUAUUCCAUGUCUCUCCAAUGUACAGUUGUUGAACGUCUAUUGUUGUCUGCUUAUUUUUUGGAACUACAUUUUGCUACCUGGACUGCCAGUUGCAUUCAGAUGGUUCAAAUUAAAGUAAAUUGUGUUAUCUUGUGGAAUGCUAUUCUUUAUUUUCCUUUCUAUUAGAAUCUGUAUGUUGACCAAA